UUUGUUUGAUUUGUUUUUGUUUUUUUCAUAAGAACCUUUUAGAAUUGUUCCAAAUUCUAGGACUUCAGCCCUGUUCCAGCAUAAAUGCCUUUAACAUUAAGAUGUGGGAUACUGGAUUCAGUAGCUUAGAGUAUUUGCCUCUCAUCUUCCUACAUUUCUUUAAAAGUUGUAUGCAGAAGCUGAAUUGACAUGGGUAUCUAAGUAUCUUCCUGUCUCUGUUGACAAAGAUAGUGCUGUAAUGUAAGGUCAUAAAUCUGUUGCUGUGUUCAGGCUCUGGAUAAAAGUAGUAUUUUUUUACAACAGGUUACUACUACUUUGACUAUUUAAGCAUGAGUAUGUAGCUAGUAGUUUCCCAGAUAGGUCUAAUAUUCCAUAUUCUAAUAUUCUGCUUUUUCAUGUGCAUUUUUUAGCAAGUCUACUUUAUUUUCUAGUAUUUAUCCAUAAAAUCUGUUCACUGCCCAGGUUCAGUCAAGGAGCUGGACAUGUAUCUUGACUUAGCAUUGCAGUUAGGCAAAAUCAGUAAGACCAUGCAUUUAGUUUGCUGAUUGGUCCCACCGAGAUGCUUGCAGAGAAGCCCUUACUUCUUCUGUUGUGCAGUUUGCAUAUCUGGGUCCCAGGAUGCGCGGUUUCCUGGAAAAAUAAAGUAUUCAAUAUUAGUAGGAAGGUCAUUUAGGGACUUCUAAGGACAGAAUUUGAUAGCUUAUGCUCUAAACCAUAUUUUAUAUAAUGUCAGAUUCAGACUAGCUGUGUGUCAAGUUUGCUUAGUUUCAUCUCAAUGUAGGCUUUGAGAAGAAGGAAAAAUUUUGUGUAUUUUGUUCCCUACACCCACCUCCAAAUCUCUUGUACCUCCUGCGCUUUUGUUUGUGGAGUUUCUUUUGCCGUCUCCUUCCACCCCCACCUUUGAGGGAUUCUACUGCUUCUCAUUUUGUAUCUGUCCCACAAGAUUCUGAGGAACAGCUGUGAAAUCUUGCAUUCUUGUUGAUCCCUGACUGGUGAAAUGAGACUGAAAAUACUGUUGAGAAAACGACAAAAUGAGUAGUCGUCGAAAACGCGCGCCUCCAUCAAAAAUAGAUGAGGAGAAGAAGAAAAAGCUCUGCUGGAAUAUGCAUGAAGAUCGGAAAAAUGAGAUGAUAACAGAUGAUGAAAUGACUAAUGAGGACCACGUUCCAGGUCCAAGCACUACUUCUGCAUCCUUCAUUGUUAUAAAUGAUGAUAGCACUGAUGAUCUCAUUCAAAAAGAAGCCAGUGGCUCAAAAUCUGUUAAGUUUUUGACGGUGAACGAUGAAGAAGACUCUUAUUCCAUCUUGACUCCUGUGUCAGUACAGCUAAAUAUUAUAGUCUUGCCAUACCGUGCGGAUGGGUGCUGGAAAGCUUUGUUGGGAGAAUUUGCUCUUCAUCUUCCUUCUGAGCAAAUUCUAACAGAUGAAUUCCAUGAAAGGAGCUUUACUUUGAUGAGAGGAGACUCUGAUGAUCAGCUGCAUGUCUGUGUUCAUGAAAGAAGUGAAGAAGAGUACAGUUAUGAAACAAAAGAAUACCUGGGUGCUUAUGAACAACGUAUUUUGGUGGAAACAACUCUAGAAGGUGAAAUAUUGGAAGGCUUGAGAUGGUUGCAGAAGAAAAAGAUAAUUGGACUUUAUCAAAGACCUGGGGAGGCUCAGGCUUUAAAGGUUGGAAUUUACCUUCUGGAAGCUGGGCUAAGUAAACCAGAGUUUCUCAGCGAUGGAGGUGGAAGACCCAAAAAAGCUAAUCAGCUGAUUCAAAAACUCAUGGAAAAGUUCUAUAGUUUUUUAAUUCCAGAUGAGCUGGAGGAAGAUGAGGAAGAAUCUGACACGGAACUAGAGCGACAAAAUAUUGAAGAGCUUUAUGACUUUGUAAGGCACACCCAUCAGCAGGAUAUCCAGUUACUGAGAGAGGAUGUGCAGCACCCUGCAUUAAUUCCUAUUCUGAGGCCGUACCAAAGUGAGGCUGUGAACUGGAUGCUUCGCCGAGAGACGCUCACAAGCACUCCAAGCAGUGAAAAUGCACUGCACUUCUUAUGGCGGGAGGUCAUCACUCUGGAUGGAGUAAAAAUCUACUAUAAUCCAUUUACUGGCUGUAUUAUCCGUGAAUAUCCAGUCGCUGGACCCCAGUGGCCUGGAGGUAUUUUGGCAGAUGAGAUGGGUCUUGGAAAAACAGUAGAAGUGUUGGCUCUUAUUCUGACUCAUACCCGACCAGACAUUAAACAAGAUGAUAUGACAUUACCUGAGGGUAAGCUUGUGAACUUCUUUGUUCCACCUCAACCUUUAGAAGGAAAUAAAAAGAAAAAAACAAGGGAAAUGGAGCUUAAAUUGAAGGAAAAAGUACAAUAUCCCAGCUUACGAGUGAUGAUAUUAGCAGCUGUAAAGGAAAUGAAUGUGAAGAAAGGAGCAUCCAUUAUUGCAAUAUUUAAGUACAUCAGUGCUAUAUAUAGGUAUGACAUACAGAGAAAUAGACGACUUCUCAAAAGAACUCUAGAAAAAUUAAUUGCAGAAAAAGUAGUAGAGCGGGUCAAAGGACAUGGACUGGCUGGGUCUUUCAAACUCGGAAAGAAUUACAAGGAACAGAAGAAGCGAGAAAGAACCAAAGAGCAGAUAGCAAGGACUUCAGAAAGCAUUCAAAAGAAGCAGUUGAUUGACGAUAAAACUCAAACCAAAGAAUCAAGAAAUAGUGAUGUCACUUCUGAAAAUGUCCUUAAAACCCCUUUACGGGUUGAUAUUGCCAUGGAAGAACAUGAUUAUUGUACAACUAGCAAAAAUUACAGAAAAUCUGAAGCAGACCAUGAGAACUCUGUAAAAGAGAAUAAUGUUCAGCAGGAAGCUGUGGUCCCAAAGUCUUCUGAUUUGCCUGGCAGCCUCCUUGUCUCCACUGACGUGAGCAGUCAUCCUAACUUUGAUGUUUCUACAACUACAGCUGAUGUCCAGCAGGAAGUCCCAAAGGACCAGUCCUCACAUUCCCAAGAACAUGCCAGUAGUAGCAUACAACAUACCAGUUCUGUAUUUCCAUUUAAUACCUCUGAAUAUCGUUUUGAAUGCAUCUGUGGUGAGCUUGGAUUAGCUGACUAUAAAGCUCGUGUGCAGUGUCUGAAAUGUUAUUUAUGGCAGCAUGCAGAAUGUGUAAACUACAAAGAGGAAAACCUGAAGAUCAAGCCCUUCUACUGUCCCCAUUGCCUUGUGGCAAUGAAACCAGUUUCCACAGGAGCUACACUGAUAAUUUCUCCGAGUUCUAUUUGUCAUCAGUGGGUAGAUGAGAUCAACAGGCAUGUAAGAUCAUCUUCUCUUCGAGUUCUGGUGUACCAAGGUGUGAAGAAGCAUGGCUUUUUGCAGCCACACAUGUUGGCAGAGCAGGAAGUGGUUAUCACCACCUAUGAUGUCCUUCGCACCGAACUGAACUACGUAGAUAUACCCCACAGUAACAGUGAAGAUGGGCGCCGUUUCAGGAACCAGAAGAGGUACAUGGCCAUCCCAAGCCCCUUAGUAGCAGUGGAGUGGUGGAGGAUCUGCCUUGAUGAAGCACAAAUGGUUGAAUGCACUACGGCAAAGGCUGCUGAAAUGGCACUCCGUUUGAGUGGAGUCAAUCGCUGGUGUGUCAGUGGCACUCCUGUGCAGCGAGGACUGGAGGAUCUGUAUGGAUUAGUCCUUUUUCUUGGAGUUGACCCUUACUGGGUCAAACAUUGGUGGGACCAACUUUUAUAUCGACCUUACUGUAGGAAAAAUCCCCGGCCUCUCUACAGUCUAAUUGCCAAGAUAAUGUGGAGAUCAGCAAAGAAGGAUGUGAUUGACCAAAUUCAAAUCCCUCCUCAGACAGAAAAUGUACACUGGCUUCACUUUUCUCCCGUGGAGAGACACUUCUACCAUCGCCAGCACGAGGUGUGCUGCCAGGAUGCAUUGGCAAAACUCAGGAAGAUUUCAGACUGGACUCUUAAGCUUAGUAGCCUAGAUAGAAGGACUGUGACUUCUAUUCUAUACCCUUUGCUGCGGCUGAGGCAGGCCUGCUGUCAUCCACAAGCUGUUCGGGGAGAGUUCUUGCCAUUACAGAAAAGCACCAUGACCAUGGAGGAACUGUUAACAUCUCUGCAGAAGAAAUGUCGAACAGAGUGUGAGGAAGCUCACCGGCAGUUGGUGUGUGCUCUUAAUGGCUUAGCUGGUAUUCAUAUCAUUAAAGGAGAAUAUACAUUGGCUGCAGAGCUGUACAGAGAAGUGUUACGAUCAUCUGAAGAGCACAAAGAAAAGCUCAAAACAGAUUCUUUGCAAAGACUACAUUCAACACAUAAUUUGAUGGAAUUGUUGGCAAAGCACCCAGGAAUUCCCCCAACUUUGCGUGAUAGCCAACUUGCAGAAGAGGCAGAACAACUUCGACAGCAUUAUAUGAGUAAAUCCAAUGCAGAAGUUGCAGAAGCCCAUCAGGCCUUACAGCCAGUUCUUCAGACCAUUCGGGAGCUUCAGAGAAAGAUACAUUCAGGUUCUCCUUGGUGGUUGGAUGUCAUCCAGACAGCAAUACAGUAUGCCAUCGAUGAGGAGCUUGUUCAACGUGUGCAAAAUGAAAUAGCCAGCAACUACAAACAGCAGAUUAAUAAACUCUCCAUGGCAGAGAAAUUCCGUGACUGCAGAGGCCUUCAAUACCUGCUCACAACCCAGCUAGAGGAAGUGAAGAAAUUCCAGAAGAUUGUAAGAGAAGCAGUGAAAAACUUAGAAGGCCCUCCCUCUAAGCAGGUUAUUGAGGCUGCCACUAUCUGCCAUUUGCGACCUGUUAGACUUCCACUUAACAACUGUGUCUUCUGUAAGGCUGAUGAGUUGUUCACAGAAUAUGAGUCAAAGCUCUUUUCUCAUACUGUUAAAGGCCAAAUGGCAAUAUUUGAGGAGAUGAUAGAAGAUGAAGAAGGGCUCGUUGAUGACCGUUUGCCCACCACAAGUAGAGGACUGUGGGCAACCAGUGAAACUGAACGUGCCUUGAAAGCUGUUCUCUCCUUUGCCAAAGCUCACCGGAUGGAUGUUAAGCUAACUGAAGAAGGCAGCAUAUUUCUGGAACUCUUUGAAGCCUGGAAAAAGGAAUAUAAGUUACUUCAUGAAUAUUGGAUGGUACUUAGGGAUCACGUGUCUGCUAUUGAUGAACUGGCAAUGGCUACAGAACGGCUGAGAGUGCGUCAUCCCGAUGAGCCGAAACCAAAUCCACCAGUUCUACACAUCAUAGAACCACAUGAGGUAGAGCAAAAUCGAGUGAAACUUUUGAAUGACAAGGCAGUUGCCAAAUCACAGCUUCAAAAGAAAUUAGGACAACUUCUGUAUCUCACUAAUCUGGAGAAAUCUCAGGAUAAAACUACUGGAGGAGUUAACCCAGAACCAUGUCCGAUCUGUGCACGUCAACUGGGAAAACAGUGGGCAGUGCUGACGUGUGGACAUUGUUUUUGUAAUGAGUGUAUAGCUAUCAUUAUAGAACAGUACAGCGUUGGCACCCGUCGGAGCUCAAUUAAGUGUGCCAUUUGCAGGCAGACAACAUCUCAUAAAGAAAUAUCGUAUGUCUUCACUGCAGAAACUGCAAAUCAGGAGGAUGAUAUUCCUGUAAAGGGAAGUCACUCUACCAAAGUGGAAGCUGUGGUCCGAACACUGAAGAGAAUUCAAUUUAAAGAUCCAGGAGCUAAAUCCUUAGUUUUCUCAACGUGGCAAGAUGUGUUGGACAUAAUUUCAAAAGCUUUAUAUGACAACAACAUGAUUUUUUCUCAGAUCAAUGGAAUUAGUAAAUUUCAGGAAAAUCUCUCUGCAUUUAAAUAUGAUCCCAACAUCAAUAUUUUGCUGCUGCCUCUUCACACUGGUUCCAAUGGACUAAACAUCAUCGAAGCAACUCAUGUUCUGCUUGUGGAACCCAUUCUGAAUCCUGCACAUGAGCUACAGGCUAUUGGCAGAGUACAUCGUAUUGGCCAAACAAAAUCUACCAUUGUUCAUAGGUUCCUGAUAAAAGCAACAAUAGAAGAGAGAAUGCAGACUAUGCUGAAAACUGUAGAUAGAAGCCACACGAGCUCUUCCAUGAAACAGUCAGAAGCCUCAGUUCUGACAGUGGCAGAUUUGGCUGACCUUUUUACAGAGGAAACUGAAGAACUUGAGUAAAACAUUGGUUUGGCCUAAUGAAAUCAGAAAGUACCUGACAUAGUAAGCACCCGUAUAUAAUCCACUUGAUGUGUCAUUUCCUGUAAACAUCGUCUAACAUUUGUCCAUAACAGAGCUAUUGGAAAUCGAAAAGUCUUAAUUGUUACUGGUUUAUUCUGUGGUGAAAUUCCUAGCAGCACACGCUUCUGAUAGCACUGGAGAAAACUUGCACUUUGCACAUUAUACAAAAACAUGGAUUUUAUUCCCAAAGAGCACUUGAGCUGGAUGCUAAAACUGAGAUUUUGGACCCUUGGUUGAGAGGAUUUUUACCAUCAGGUUGAUUGGCUAGUAGCUCAGACUGAGAGCAAAACUUUGUGGGUGGUUGGGUGGGAAAGGGAAGCAGAAAAACACUAAAAUCUAAUUUUUUUUACUGUACAAAGAAAUGUUAGAAAGAAUGACUGUAAAUUAAUAUUCUUCUAGAAAGGGCUUGUUAGCAUUUAAUGAAGAGUUACUGAACAUCUUACUGGUAAUACUUUAAAUGACUAAUCUUUACUAAUAAUUUGGAUAUUUGUAUUAGGCUUUUUAGAUAUUCAUAAAGACUUGUGACAGUUAAAAAAUUCAUUGUUAAUGCUUACUCACUGCAAAAGGAUGAUAAUUAAAUUAUGCUUUUUGUAUGUGUGUUGGUCGGGUAAUCAGUUAAAUACUUGAACUUACUGUACAUGUUUUCACUUAUUAUUGAAGCCAUGGCUAAUUGAGUGCUUCGUUUAAAAAAAAAAAAUAAGUAAUGUAUUUGUUACAGAAUUUUUUAAAAAUUGUUUAAGCUGCUGAUUACUUCAUUUGACGUUUGUGUACAUUUUCUCACACUGAUUUAUUUUUUUUUUAAUCUAGUUCUCCCCCUUAAAGAUCCAACAAUCUAAAUAUUCAAACUAGAUGAAAUUAAGGUAGACAGUCUGAUUACUAGGUACCUAAUCUAAGUUAGAUAAUCAGUGGAGAGAGAUGAAACUUGUGAAACUUCAUCCUUAGAUAUGCAUGAUCACUCUACCCCAUCUCUAUUGACAGUAGAGAGUUUAGAAAACAAAUGUAGGCUAACUUUUAGAUUGCUGAAAGUAGGCAAGAUAAAUUGUAAGCUUUUUGGCAUAGGUUAUGGAUACACAUUUACAUAACAUGAUUUCUGAAGGUAUUACAGAAGCAAGCUCAGUUAUGCAGUUGAUGUUAAACAUAAUUUUGUGUUUAGAGACUGGGCAAAUGUGUAUGAAUAAGCAUCAGGCUACUUCCCUCAAAUUACAAUAUUUACUGUUUCAGAAGACAAUGGUUUAUGUAUUUUAAAAAUCUUACUUGAGGUUGAAAUUAAAAUGUGUCCUUUAAGAAAUUUCAUCUUAGAAUUUUUACUCUAAUUAUGUCUGCUAAAUAGAUUUGCAUAUUGAGCUUUUUGAGUUCUGUUUACAGUCAUACUUUGUUUGAGUUGCACCAUUUGGGUAUUAAGCCUAUCCACAUGGUAGACAAAUUUUCUGCUGCUGACAACAAAUGUGAGUAGAAUUUACAUGAAUAAUAUUGUAUCAAGAAGUGUUUUUUUGGCAUUUAUAGUCUGUUGUCCUUCUGGAACAAUUAGAUACUUUGUUCUAAAGACUAUUUGAGUAAAUUUACAGACAAUAUAUCUUUAUUUCCCAUAUUUGUAAUAUGUAUUAGUCUUACACAUUUUGUUUUGGAGAUUACUGAUUUUCUGAAGAUCACAGUUUGCAGCAAAGGAAAUAGAAUAGAUAGUAGACUUUUUAAAAAUUAUAUUGAUCAAAUGAUUUGCACAGAGGCUGUGACUUCUCCAUCCUUGAACGUAUUGGGAACUCAGAUGACCCUAAGCAACCUGAUCCAGCUUCAGAGUUGGCCCUGCUACGAGUGGUGUGUUGGACCAGAUGACCUCCAUGGAUCCCUUCCAGCCUAAAUUAUUCUACAGUGUACUGGAGAUCAUGCUGUACAGACACUCCAGGAACUCCGAGGGCAGCAACAUUCCGGUUUCCUCAUCAUCCUCAGAGAAUUUUAAUAUUGUACAACAAAAUGUGAUUGAACAAGGCGCUGCUGUUCACUCUGAGAAAUUAUAUAUCUAUGUUAAAAACUGUGGAAGCAUAUAGUGUUUACAUUCAUAGCUCCCAUUUUAAAUAAUUAGAUGUGGGAAUAAUAGUUGUUAGUGAAUGUUGAAGACAGAGAAGCAAACUGAAAAAUACCUGCUAUGAGAGGUUUCCCAAGCUCUGCAAGUUUUUGGCUUAUUUAUAUAAAGAUGGUGGUUUCAUUGUUUAUUUACAAAAAUAUGGCUUUUAAAUUCCUAACCAAAAGCAUAGCUUCUCAUCAAGCAGUGCAUGAGUCUUCAGUCCUGACAUUUUUUUUUUUUUAAUGCUUACAUAACAGCAUGAAAUGCCAGAGAUCUGGUUCUAGGCACUCUUCCAACUGCCCUGGAGUGCCAGGACCUCGAGCUCUGGAGGUAUAAUGUUAAAAUGUGUAUACUCACCAUGUUAAAGGGCUUCUUGAAAUUGGAAGGUUGAGCCAUUGGAGGAUAUAGACUGUGUUAGUAGUAAAAUGGAUCCUUCAAGUUUCACAUAAUACUAAGUACGGAGACUAACCUUAAAAAGUUAUUUUUAAAGAGAAACCAAAGUGUAAUUUAGUCCUUUUUGCCAAUCUUUGCAACUUUUAGUUUAUUUGACAAAAGUUUUCUUUCAGACAACUUAAGACCCCUCAUGAGGUGAACUCUCUUUUUUUUUCUUUUUUUCUUUUUCUGCUAAGGGUGUAGCUUGUAUGUCUGCAGUGCUUUUCUCAUAUCAAAGCACAGUAAGCCUGUUUUCACAGUGCUGCUAUGAUUUUGCUCUCUAUCAGGAGAAGAUUCUUUUGAAAGACAGUAUCUUAGCUGAGAAUAAGCUUUGCUCUACUGCAAAAGUUCCAAUAAUGUUCAUAGAAAUGGCAUUUUCCACAGAAGACAGAAAUAUAUAAAUACUGACUGCAGUGUUUACAUAAUAUUUGUGUGGAUAUACCCAGAGUCAUGUACCAAAUUCUCUUAUGUUCUCCUGCUAAAACACGUAAAUGUCUUCCAAGUUGACAGGAUUGUUUAUCCAGUGAAGUAGGUCCCUUUAAAGAUGAGGCUCUAAGUGAUUCUAAAGAACUCACUGCUGACCUUUCAUCUCUUUCAGUUCCAUGACAAAUAAUGUUUGGAGUUUUUUUGACUGGAGUUGGUAAAGCCUUCAGGACAGGUUCAUUUCCCUGUGUGUAAAAGUUCAGUGCCUUGUAGAACAGAGCUGUCAUGUUAUUUAGGUGUCUGUAAACACUUGAUGGAAAUUGUAGACUUCCUUGAACCACACAGUACGAUCGUGUUGGAAACUAAGGAGUGGAUUCCUUUGUAGUGUUAAAUUAAGCUCUGUGAAUUUCACCAUGGAUGAUUAAAUGAGUUUAUAAGUUAA